CUGCGUUGCUUAGCAGCUCGGAGCAGGACUUUUCUCCCCUGUCUCUCCGCGGAUUUGUCCUCGAAGGCACCACCGGCAUGGCCUACAGCGUGACUCUCAAGGGACCCUCCCCGUGGGGGUUCCGCCUGGUCGGGGGAAGAGACUUCAGCACGCCGCUGACCAUCUCCCGGGUAACGGCAGGCAGCAAGGCGGCUCAAGGCGACCUGUGCCCCGGCGACACCAUCCUGGCCAUUAAUGGCGACGUCACCGAGCACAUGACCCACAUGGAGGCCCAGAACCGGAUCAAAAACUGCACCCAGCAGCUCUCACUCAUCAUCAGCAGGUCAGGAUCGGAGGAGCGAGUGUGGUCGCCGACGGUUAGUGAAGACGGCAAGACAAGCCCCUACACGGAGACUGAUUCCCAGAAAUUCCGGCCAAUCACCAGCGGCUACACCAACUACAGCCGUAAGUCCUCGUACACGCCCGAGCCGCAGGUCCCGCCGCCUCCGCCGCCGCCGCCCCCUCACACCAACAACGGCCACUCCAAGAUGGCCAACAACAACAACAACCACCACAACAACGGCCAUAGUUACCCGUACGGCAAUGGCACCGGGGGCCACGCCACGUACAACAACCCGGCCGGACUGUACUCGCCCAACGGAGGCAACGCGGACAGAUCUCUGCCAGGAAAACUGGGGGGUCUCAGCCUGAGCGCCUCUCACAGCCCCGAGCCCCACCAGCUGUCCCCUGCGGGCCGCAACGGCGUGGACAUGCAGUCGCACGUCUACAAGAUGCUGACGGACUACGAGGAGCCGUCCUCGGAGCCUAAACAGUCCGGGUCCUUCAAAUACCUUCAGGGAAUCCUGGAAGCUGAGGACGGAGGCGUGUCGCCAACCGACAGGAUGAGGAACCUCAAGUCUCCGGUCAGAUCCCCCAUCCAGAAGCUGGGGAGUCCGAUCCCUGGCGCCAUGCCUGGUCUACAGAUGCUGCCCCAGUGCACACGCUGCGGUAACGGCAUCGUGGGCACCAUCGUGAAGGCGCGGGACAAACUGUACCACCCCGAGUGCUUCGUGUGCGACGACUGCGCCGCCAACCUCAAGCAGAGGGGCUACUUCUUCAUCGAGGACAAUCUGUACUGUGAGACCCACGCCAAGGCCCGCGUGCAGCCCCCGGAGGGCUACGACGUGGUGGCCGUCUACCCCAACUCCAAGGUGGAGAUCGUCUGAGGCGGCAAGGAAAGGUCAGCAAGUGUCUACUGAGUGUCCUCCUCGUCACGCGGGCACGCUCCUCCCCAACCACCCGGGGGGCAUCUUCCCCGGGGGUCUUUCUGCGGCGCGCUAACACCUCAUCGCUUCUGUCACUUUUCGUCCUGUUAGUCACCGGCGCUGUGGCUGGAAUGUCGGCGUGUUGACCUUUGACCUGAGCUAAACCACUCCAUAUGCUCGCUCCACCUUGGCUAAAGUAAACAAACCCAAAAGGAGGCUCUCAUUACGCUACAGUCAGAUUUUCAUUUCCUCCUGUGCGGGCCCACAAAAAACCUUAAUGUCAAUCAUAUUCAGAUUCCAUACUUCUACACUCACAACUGUAUUUCCUCUAAUAGUGGCCUGAAGUGCGUUUAUACUCAACCGCAGAAGGGACCAGGCAUGAAGACGGCGUCUUAUCGUCCUAAGAAAUUUUCCAUCAAUAUAAAAGCAAUAUUCUACAUCUGCAAAUGUAUUUUUAGGGACCGAGUCCCUUUGGGACAGAGGACCCUAUUGUAUUUAUAGCGUUUUAUUAGGGCCCGCAUGGCCCAUUGUAUAAGGACUCCCAAAGGGAGUCCUUAUGCAAUGGGACAUAAGGACCUAUUGAAUUUGUAAGGUUUUAUUCUUUAUUCUUCCGCCGCCACAUUAAACUGUAAUUUGACCCACUUAACAUGCUUCAAAACUCACCAUAUUUGACCCACACAUCAGGACCUGCGAAAAUUGCCUUUUAAAAAAAAAAAACGAACCACAAAACUCAAAAUUGCGCUCUAGCGCCCCCUAGGGAAAAAAAAAACUAGACUGCCUGUAACUCCCACUAGGAAGGUCGGAGAGACAUGAAACAAAAACCUCUAUGUAGGUCUGACUUAGACCUACAUUUCAUAAUAGUACAUUGUCGGGCUAAAAUCAACAGGAAGUUGGCAAUUCCCCCUUCAAGACAAAAAAGUACUAAAAACAGUAACUUUUGCCUCUUUGAGCUGUAAUUUGACCCCCUUAACACGCUUCAAAACUCACCAAACUGAACGCACACAUCAGGACUGUCAAAAAUUGCGAUCUUAUAAAAAAACCUAACCCCAAAUCUUAAACAUUGCGCUCUAGCGCAAUUUUUGAAUAAAACGCAGAAAAAACUGCUCCUCGGAAGAAAACAAUGACAAAACUGCCUGUAACUCCCACUGGGAAGGUCAGAGAGACAUGAAACAAAAACCUCUAUGUAGGUCUAACUUAGACCUACAUUUCAUAAAUUGACAACCCCCAGCAAAAAUUAACAGGAAGUUUGCUAUUCCCCCUUCAAAACAACAUUUUUGUAAAAACCGGUCAACUUUCUUCAAACAUUAUCUCCUCUGAGCGCGUUUGUUGUUUCGGCUUCAAACUAACAUAGGAGAGAGAUUGAACCCUUCUGAUUAAAAGUUGGCGAAAGAGUUUUGAUACCUGCUCCGGUUUUGAUUUUAUGACCCUUCAAAGAACCUCCGCGCUGAUGCUGCUGUUUUUUCAAGAUGGCUGCUUAAAAGCAGGCAGCACCAGCGUGCCCACACAAUGCAGACAAGGUAGGUACACUAGACAAAAGUAUUGGGACACUUAGCACUAAAAGUUGACUAAAGUAUUGGGACACUUAGGACUACCACUGGACAAAAGUAUUGGGACACUUACACUGGACAAAAGUUUUGGGACACUUCUAAAACUUGACAAACGUAUUGGGACACUUAGGACUAGCACCUGCCAAAUAUGCGGGCCCGACCAACGCUGCUUGCAGCUUUAAUUAUUAUUUAAUCUUUAGUAAGUUACCGCCGCCUCUUUGAGCUGUAAUUUGACCCUCUUAACAUGCUUCAAAACUCACCAAAUUGGACACACACGUCAGGACUGGUGAAAAUUGCGAUCUAAUCAAAAAACCAAACCCCAAAACUCAAAAUUGCGCUCGAGCGCCCCCUAGGAAGAAAACACAGACAAAACUUCCUCUAACUCCCGUAAUGUCAUAGAGACAUGAAACAAAAACCUCUAUGUAGGUCUGACUUAGACCUAGAUUUCAUACAUUGACAUCCUUUAGCAAAAAUCAACAGGAAGUUGGCAAUUCUCCCUUCAAAAGAAAAGUUUUAUAAAAACAGUCACUGUUGCCUCUUUGAGCUACAAUUUGACCCCCUUAACAUGCUUCAAAACACACCAAACUGGACACACACAUCAGGACUGGCAAGAAUUGCGAUCUAAUAAAAACACCCAACCCCAAAACUCAAAAUUGCGCUCUAGCGCCCCCUAGGAAGAAAACACAGACAAAACUGCUCCUAGGAAGAAAACUGCCUGUAACUUCCAGUAGGAAUGUCGUAGAGACAUGAAACAAAAACCUCUAUGUAGGUCUCACUUAGACCUACAUUUCAUAAAUUGACAACCCCCAGCAAAAAUCAACAGGAAGUUUGCAAUUCCCCCUUCAAAACAAAAGUUUUGUAAAAACCGGUCACCUUUUUUCAAACAUUAUCUCCUCUGAGCGCGUUUGUCGUGUCGGCUUCAAACUAGCACAGGAGAGACAUUGAACCCCUCUGAUUAAAGGUUGACCAAAGAGUUUUAAUUACUGCUCCGGUUUGGAUUUUAUGUGCCGUGAAAGUCGGUCCCGUCCAUCGCUGCUUGCAGCUUUAAUUAUUAUUUUUCUUUAUUAUUAUACCUCCGCCUCUUUGAGUUGUAAUUUAACCCCCUUAACAUGCUUCAAAACUCACCAAAUUGGACACACACAUCAGGACUGGCGAAAAUUGCGAUCUAAUCAAAAAACCAAACCCCAAAACUCAAAAUUGCGCUCAAGCGCCCCCUAGGAAGAAAACACAGACAGAAUUUCCUCUAACUCCCUCUAUGUAGGUCUCACUUAGACCUACAUUUCACAUAUUGACAACCCCCAGCAAAAAUCAACAGGAAGUUUGCAAUUCCCCCUUCAAAACAAAAGUUGAGUAAAAACAGUCACCUUUUUUCAAACAUUAUCUCCUCUGAGCGCGUUUGUUGUGUCCGUGUCACCUUCAAAUUAGCACAGGAGAGAGAUUGAAUCCUUCUGAUUAAAAGUUGAUGAAAGAGUUUUAAUUACAGCUCUGGUUUGGAUUUUGUGAGCCCUCAAAGUCGGUCCCAUCCAUCGCUGCUUGCAGCUUUAAUUUCAUCAUUAUUUUACAAGUUUCAAAAUAAAAGAAAAGGGGUUUUUAAAGAGGAAAUGUAGAAAUGUUGACAGGCUAAUCUGAAGGAAUAUUUUUACAAGUUUCAAAAUAAAACGAGGAUUUUUUUUAAAGAGGAAAUGUAGAAAAGUUGACAGGCUAAUGUGAAGGAAUAUUGGCAAUCUGAGUGAUUGUUUAUUUAGAGCAGUGCGGCAAUGGGACCAUUUGCACAUUUUUGAAGGGCCUGCAGUAUAUUAUAAAAAUAUUAUUUAAAAAAAAAAAAAAAACAUGAAAAAGUGGAAUAAAAGAGCAAACAGGUGAAAUACAAUUUUGACUCUAAUAACAAAGUUGCCACGCAGGUUGUUUUUUUUAAAUGCCAUUGCUAAAAAAAAUUUAA